GAUGUUUUACAGUUGUGUGCCCGUAUAAAACAUACUAAAAUUAUCAUCGAUAACAAAUUUAUUAAAUGAAUACAUAUUAGAAGGCGACCGAAACGAAAAAUGGCAUCUUUUUUGGCGCGUGCAGGGGGUACUUUUGUUGAAACAAUAAACCCCAAAACGGUGACAAAGAUCCUGAAAUACUCGCCAAUCGGACUGCAGCAGUUGAGGAACCUAAAUGUUCAGGAACAUGUUUCAUAUACGCUGUUGAACGAAAGUAACAUCCCGACGCCUCGCUUCGCCGUUGCAAAGAAUGGCAAAGAAGCUCAUGACAUAGCCAAAAAACUAAAGACAGAUAAUCUGGUGCUUAAGGCCCAAGUUCUUGCUGGCGGACGUGGUAAAGGCACAUUUAAAAAUGGUCUUAAGGGCGGCGUUCGUGUCGUCUUCGAUCCGAAGUCAGCAGAGGAAAUUUCCUCGAAGAUGAUCGAUCAGCUGUUGGUCACCAAGCAAACCGGCGAAGCAGGUCGCCUCUGUAAGAAGGUAAUGGUUGCCGAGCGAAAGUUUCCUCGCCGUGAAUUCUAUUUUGCUGUCAUGUUGGAGCGCGCCUUCAAUGGACCCGUACUAAUCGCAUCCAAGGAGGGUGGCGUCGAUAUCGAAGAAGUUGCCAGAGAUAGUCCCGAUGCCAUUAUUUACGAGCCAAUUGAUAUUGGCAAGGGACUGACCAAAGAACAGGCCUGCCGCGUCAUUGACAAGGUCGGUCUGGGUGGUGAAAAUGCACAGGAACAUGUCGAUAUGCUGCUUAACCUCUACAAGCUGUUUGUGAAGAAGGAUGCACUGUUAGUUGAGAUCAAUCCCUAUGCGGAAGAUGCCAUGACUGGCUGCUUCUUUGCCCUGGAUGCCAAAUUGCGUUUUGAUGACAAUGCGGAGUUCCGGCAAAAGGAGCUGUUCAGCUUGCGUGACUGGACCCAGGAGGACCCCAAAGAGGUCGAAGCGGCCAAAUACAAUUUGAAUUAUAUUGCGCUAGAUGGUACCAUCGGAUGCAUGGUUAACGGUGCUGGCUUGGCCAUGGCCACCAUGGACAUUAUCAAGUUGUAUGGUGGUGAACCGGCCAACUUCCUUGAUGUCGGCGGUGGCGCCACAGCUGAAGCAGUCAAGGCUGCAUUCAAGAUUAUCACUUCCGACAAGAAGGUCAUGUGUUUGUUAGUUAACAUUUUCGGCGGCAUUAUGCGUUGUGAUGUUAUUGCCGAGGGUAUCAUAGCCGCUGCCAAAGAUUUAAAUCUUAACUUACCGAUCGUUGUGCGCUUACAGGGCACUAAAGUGAAGGAGGCUCGCGAAUUGAUCCGCAACUCAGGAUUGAAGAUUUUGGCCCGAGAUGAUUUAGACAAGGCUGCCGACAUGGCUGUGCAUUUGGCACAGAUUGUUUCGUUGGCUCGUGAAAUGAACAUGGAUAUUAACUUUGAGAUUCCCGAUGCACAGAAGUAGAUCCAUCCAAUAAACGGCUAAGUCAACCAUACAGCCCACGUAGAACACAAACAACAGCAACAACAAACAAACAAAAACACAUCUACUCAAAAAAUUAGAUACAAUUCACAUAAAAAAACUACUACUGCUAUACAACGCUUCGUAGUUAGUAAUAUUUCAUUUCGAUUUAUCGAAUUAAAAGAAUUGAACAAUUUUGCAAAAAUCGUUAUUACAUAUAAGAUGAAAGAUGAAGCUCGAGUCGCGUCAUUGUUGUGAAUUUGAAACAAGCAAACGUCAUAAUAUUAUGUCACUUCGAAUAAUCCUAAGAACUACAACUUUUUGCACCUCUAUAACUUGAGCGUUAAAACAAAAAUGUAUUGAUAUCUGCACGAAAGUUAAAUAUAUAUUAGUAAUCCAGCAGCUGAUCUAUCGAUCCAAACGUUGAACGUGAUUUUUGCAAAACAGAUAUAAUUUAUUGAUCUGCGAACUGCUUCAAAAGUAGUGAGUCGUGUAUUACGCAAUUUAAAUUAAUUUCGCUUUAAAUUAAAACGCAAUAUUAUUACAAAA